AGAAUAACAUAUUGCUUCGAAUAGAAUCGCCUCAGUUGGCAUUCAGAGCUGUUUGAGAAUUGUUGUGAAGAUCGGUGAACGCGCACACAAAUUAAAUAGACUACGAAACAGAAAAUUUCGUACAAAAUUCAAAGGCAGAUAGAAAACAAUAGCAUAAUAUACAUAUGGAUGUAUGUAUGGAUGUAUAUGAGAACUAAAUGUAUUCGAUAAAUUCAGGCUGAAGAAAUGCUAAACAAACGCAAAUAAGAGCAUAUGCACGAAUAUACAUAUAUGCUAUGUAGUUAAAUAUGUAUAUAUAUAUGAAGAGGUAUAUAUAAUAUAUAAAGCGAUAUAUAUAUAUUUAGGUAUAUAAUGUAAAGUUAUUUAUGUAAAUGCGUGCAAAACAAGCGACAAUAAGUGGCGGUAAAUGAAACAAAGUGUGUUCAUUUGAAAGGCAAACGCCAGCAGAGACAAGCAGUGAAAGAAAACAACAACAAAAACAAAAAACAACAACAACAACAGCAAUAAAUUUUGUGGAAAGCUAUCUUGCAGAUGCGACAAUCGGGUUUAAGAACUGCUGCAGUUUUACUACUUUUUGUUGUGUUCAUUUAAAUGCGCUUGCGCUCAUUGUCAAUACCGGUAUUUUGGCGUAAAUGAGAGAAAAUGUAAGGCAAAAAAAUUGAAAAUAAAUAAAAGAAAAAAAUUUAUAAAUAAAAUAAGAUAAUUGUAAUGCAAUCGAAGUAUAUGCAGAUACUUGAACUGAAAUUCACAAGUUAUUAAUACACAUCGACGCAGAAAGUAGUACGAAGCGCUGUGGAGCAGACGUGUACAACGGAACUUGGAACUUUAAUUUAAAGUCAAAUAAUUAUUAUUUUUGAAAAAAGCUGUUAUUGGUUGUAGAGUAUUGAACGCAAGACACUUAGAGAACUGACGUGCUCUAUGCAUAAAUUUAUAAAAUUGCUAACGGUAAACUGUGUAUGACUAAAGGUCACGUGAUUGCGGUUAAUUAAUAAACAAACGAUUUUUCAUUGUGUAAAUUUCACAUAGCAUUUCACUUUCAAUUGUGAGUUGAAGCAACAACGCCAAAUCUAGCUAAACAUAUGUUAGAUUACUGAGCAACAAGCGUCAAAGCAAAAAAUCGCGCAACAAGUUGAACAAAGCAGAGCGAAAGAAAAAGAAAGCCUAAAGGGAGUGCACAAUAAGUGGGAGUAUACAACAUAAGCUAAAUAAUAUUACAAGGAAAACAACAAUAACAACAACAAUUAUAAUAAUCACAGCAACAACACUAGCUACAACAGCAGACAGGUCAACGGGUGACUGUAGUGUAAUGGUGAAACCGCUGUUGGAUUACUUCUAUCAAUACGUUUUCGACUGGCUGGAUUAUUGGCGAUUUCAGUGCAGUGGCAAUUGUAGUCGGAAUAGCAACAACAACUAUAGCAACAAACAGAAUUUUUGGCUUGCAAUUGCAAUACACAGCCGACACAACGCACCGUAGUGGCGAGAAGAUUGUGCGGCAACAAUCGCUAAAUUUAACGUGAACAACGUCAGUGCGUUCAAUAAUAAUAAUAAUAAUAAUACUAAUAAUUAAAGAAAAAGUGCCAGAGAGAGUGCAAUGACAACGAAAGACACGGCUGAAGUUGACUGAGUGGCAUAUAUACAUACAUAUGCACACAGAAAUAUUUGCAAAGGAAAAAGCGCAAGCAAAAUAAAUUUAGAGCGCACCAAAAUCGAGUAGCGCCCCAAAAAGACGAAGAAGCUGAAGAAUUCUAUAUGCAAACACAAAUAAACACUGCUGCUGGCAAAGUGUAAAAAUAGACACAUUCCCGAUAAGCGAAGACGAAAUUACAACAAAAAAUUUAAAUAAAUAUAUAUACAAAUAAUUAAUGCAAUUAAAUAACUGAUAUAUAUAUAUAUAUAUAAAGAAAGCAUAGCUGAAACUCACCGAAAGCACUGUUGAUUACAGCGGCGACAUUUUGAGUCCAAGAAGGAAUAUAUUUGUUGAUAGCAUUUAACUUGCAUGCUUGACAUCCUCAACGAAGCUUAAACGCAUUGCACUCGUUUUUUCUGCUUUAUCUGCUUCUUCGCCUCCUUAUUGCGCACAGCACACGUGCCAAAGGACAUUCACCUGCAAAAAGACGCGACGGCAUAUAAGCAAUAAAAUAUUAUUUAAAAGUAAAGCAAAUCACGUAAUUGAACGUUUAUCUAAAAAUUCUCGAACAUUUUUUGGCGAAAAUUAACAAACAGCGAUAGAACUAUUUCUAUUUUGCUACGCUUUAAAUAUUCGGUGUUUGAUCUCAAAGCCCCCGCAGCGCGCGCACACUGACCUAGCCUAACGUGUACUAGCAGUAGUACACACAGGAAAUACAACAAAAAAUAGUGUUUUCGCAGUAAAUUAAAAAAAAAAAUAAAUAAAAAAUUCAAAAACAAACUAAACAGCAUAAAAAUUUCGUAAGCAAAAAUUUUCUACGUAAAAAAUACUGUGAUUUUGGCAAACAAAAAAAGCGACUUAAAUAGUUUCUAUAAGUAAAAAGUGGUACUUUUCAAAUAAUCAAACUCAAUAAAAGCAUUUAAAAUUAAAAAAAAUACUUUUUGUGCUCGCGAAAAAAUCUGAUAACUUUUUUACACACCAUUAAUCGGAAAGCGAAGUUUUUGAAGUACGAUAAAAAUGGCUUUGCACGCACACAGCAUCAAUACGGUGCGCUCCACCACCAGCUUGAGCAACAUGAUAAACGGUAACAACAAUGAUCUGGCCAAUGGCAAUAACGAUCGCCGCCAUAUUGUUGAUAUACUAGUUGGUGUUGUUGCAGUGCCAGUAUUGAUACUUUUCGCACUGCAAUUGGAGAAGAAUUUACAAAAUAUGACCAAUAGUCCGUGGUUGGUAUUCGUACUGGGUGUGGGUCUACUAACGGUGAUCAUGAUCAUUAUCGGUUAUGUGACGCAUCGCUUGAGCGUCUGCUGUUGGACGGGACCGAUCGAUGAGUUGGGCAAUCGCACGGAUGGACGCGGUAUACAAUAUAUCAACACACAGAAUGAUAUACUGCGCAUUAUGGAUAGCCUGCCGCCCAGUUAUGAUACGGUGGUGAAGCAUGAGAUUCCACCGCCGCCCUACGAUUGUGUCAUUGUCAAUAUGGAGCAGUGUAAGGAACAACAAGCGCAACAGUCGGUGAACACCGUAGCUACCACAAGCAAUUCGACCACGGAGACUGGUGCCAAACCGACAAUCGCUACUAGCGCAGCUGUAUUACAUAUUUAAAAGUGGAGUUGCCAGUUCUCCAAGUUAAUUAUUAUAUUUUUUUAAACGGCACUCCUGCAGCAUUGCUAGCAAUUAGCUUUAUGGAGAGAGAAAUCAAAGAGAUCGACACCUUUGCAGCAAAAAUGGUUUUAAUAAGAAGACAAUACAAUAGUAAUAAAUAAAUUUUAGAGUUGAGAAGAUCAUUCGCCAGAAGCAUAACGUGUACUGCCAGCAAAUUUUCAAAAACCUUAAUUUUUAAAAUUGUUCAGUUGAUUAUUUUAAAAGCCUUUUCAUAGCCGUUCACGACUUUGCAGCUGUAUCCACUCGAACACACACAAAUUCACGCCUUGUUUGUCUGCUUGGUUACACUUUCUUAAAUUGUAUUAAAUUUAGGUCUUUUAAAUUCAACAAUUUUUCCCCAUCUAACAGAUUUGUAUCUGAAUCUGCAACUGAUGCGUAUUUAAACUGUACUUCGGACUUUUAACUUAGCUGAGCUAUAUGCAAUAUGUAAUAUUGUAACUAUUUUUAAUCAAAUACCUAUUUACAGUAUAAUAAAUAUAAGCUUAUCGAUUUUUUU